AUGGAUCAUAUAGGGGCUCACCACCUCCACCAGAACCACGCCGAGCCCAUCAGCUUUGGAAUCGACCAGAUCCUCAACAACCCGGACCAAGGCAGCUGCAUGAUCUCCGGCUCCCGGCUGCAAGACUCCUCCGACUACGGCUUGAGCUGCAUCGUCAGCAGCGCCUACAACACCAUGACGGGCAGUUACGGGGCGAACGGCGGCUCGGCCGGGGCUUACCCGGGCGCCUGCAGCAUGGCUUCCCUGCCGGGCUCCUACAACGUCAACAUGGGGGUGGCCAUGAACGGGAACAGCCUGAGCUCGGCGGGGGGCGUGAUCCGGGUGCCGGCGCACAGGCCGCUGGCUGGCGGGGGGCACCAGCCCCUCUCCACCGGGAUGCCCACCGUGCCCUCGGUGAACACCAUGAACAACCUCACGGGACUCACUUUCCCCUGGAUGGAGAGCAACAGGCGAUACACGAAAGACAGGUUCACAGGUCACCCCUACCAGAACCGGACGCCGCCCAAGAAAAAGAAACCCCGGACGUCUUUCACCCGGCUGCAGAUCUGCGAGCUGGAGAAGCGGUUCCACCGGCAGAAGUACCUGGCCUCGGCCGAGCGGGCCGCCCUGGCCAAGGCCCUCAAGAUGACAGAUGCCCAGGUGAAGACCUGGUUCCAGAACAGGAGGACAAAAUGGAGGCGACAAACUGCAGAGGAGAGGGAGGCCGAGAGACAGCAAGCCAACCGUAUCCUCAUGCAGCUCCAGCAGGAGGCCUUCCAGAAAAGCAUCAAUCAGCCCCUCCAGGCAGACCCCAUCUGUGUCCACAACUCUUCCCUCUUCGCCCUCCAGAACCUCCAGCCUUGGUCCGAUGACUCGUCCAAGAUCACCAGCGUCACCUCCGUCGCCUCUGCUUGUGAAUAG